UCGUUGUCAAAUUUCACACCAUAGCACACGGUUUUUUUGAUAAUGUCGAGGCAUCGAACUAGAUAAUUGACGCAUUCUAUUUAGAAACUACUUUGAAAAUGACCGAGGAUCAAGAUGUUAAAGAUUCACAAUCCGACUCGGGGAGUAAAACGUUUAUCAAUAAGAACAAAGACAAGAAACCGAAGAGUCAACGGCCACUGACCAAAAUUAUACUUCGGCGUUUGCCUCCAACUAUGACUGAGGAAGCGUUUUUAGAACAAGUCUCACCUAUACCAGAACAUGACCAUUUCUACUUUGCUAAACCUGACUUAUCCCUUGGAAAUAACGUUUAUUCAAGAGCUUAUAUAAAUUUUGUUAACGUUGAAGAUAUUUACCUCUUUCGGGAUAAGUUCGACGGCUAUAUUUUUUUGGAUGAAAAAGGUGUGGAGUAUGUUGGGAUAGUUGAGUAUGCACCAUUUCAAAGAAUACCUAAGAAGAAGAAAAAGAAAGACCCUAAAUGUGGUACAAUUGAAAGUGAUCCAAUUUACCAAGACUUUAUUGAGCACCUUAACAAAGAUCCUGAAACAGAAAAUCAACCGAAAUUGGAAUAUUCAUAUCCUGUCAAUGAUGGAAAUGACAAAAAAGUACAAUCAACACCUUUAUUAGAUUAUCUUGCGGCUCGUAAACAGGACAAGAGGGGCAGGGAUGAGAGGCGCAGAAGAGAAAACGACAAGAGAAAAAUGAGAAUUGAACGUAAAACUAAAGAAAUCCCUAUAAAGAGACCUGGUGAUGUAUCAGAAGAUGAAAUGCUUAUUGAAAAUUCAGAUUUUUAUGAGCAAAAGCAUAAGAAUUUUUGGUAUGGUGAACAAAGAGUCUAUCACAAAAGUAAAAUAAGAUGUACUGUUAGACCAGAGUUGAAAAGUGCUCAUGGUUCAGAUGAAUUUGUCAGCACUGAUUCUGAUUGGGACAGCCAUUUUCCAGCAUUAUCCAUGAAAUCACAUAAUACCUUUACCCUAACUUCUAGUCAAGUUUGUGAUAAAAAUGAAAUACAACAAGAAGAGAGUAUAAAGAGUGGUGGGGACACUUGUUCCAAGGAGGAAGAAACUGCAGAUACUGAUAUCAAGAAAAUCAAAUCAAGAGAUUGGGAUAAAGAAAAAGCUGAAUCAAAAGAUGAUGCUAAAGACAGCACUGUCUUUGAGUCCAAAACCUUUAGAGAGCAGAGAAAAUCUAAUUCCAAUAUAAGUGCAGACAAAAAGAAAAGAAUUGAGAGUGACAAGAAGGAACCUUCAGGAAAAGAUGAGGAUCAAGCAUAUGAUUCUGAUAAAGGUAACAAGAAAGAAAAGCGUGAUAAAUAUAACAAAGAAUCACCUCGUGAACUUAAGAGCAAGAAGUAUAGUGAUACUAGAAAAGAUAGAAUCAAGCAAGUGGAAUCGGUAAAAUCAGAUAAGCAAUCUGCUAUAAAUAAAAUCAUGUCUUCAGAAAACAAAUCGAAAUCAUUGAAUCACGACGACAUUAAACCAUUCACACAACUGCCACAAGUUAAAACUGAUGACCUGACCAAAAUCAUAGAUGGAAUGGAAAAGAAGAUGAAAGUGGAUGACUCCAAGUCCCAAAAGGAUACUAAAGACUCAAAUGAUAAUGUUACAGAAAAGUUAGUAGAUGUGUCAACAAAAGCAAGGCGAAACAGCUUCGAAACAAGUGGUACUGCAGACAAAGAAGAGUCAGUAUUGAGACGACAAAAGAGCUUAGAUGACAGAAGCAAAUCUUCAGAUAGGGAAGGAUCAGAAGAAAAAGAAAAGGGUGAUAGUACAGAUCGUCGGACAGAGAGGAGGAUUAGAAAUAAGGAUCGUCCAAGUCUUGUUAUCUAUCAACCUGGAAUGGGCAAAUUUAGCAAGCAACGUUUGGCAAAGGAUAAGGACACAACAGGAUCAUCAAAAUCAGUAAACGAAAGUGAAAAGAAAGAUACCUGAGACUACUGUUAUAUUUCUCGAAAAUUGGACACCAUUCGACGGAACCACCCUAAAGCUGGCAUUCAAUGCAUGUCUUUGGAGUUACGAUAGAAGAGGACAUAGGACAUGCCAACUGAGGGAACCAUUGUUCUUGUUUAUUCAAAGCCGUUAUUUUAUUGAUUCGUUUAAUUUACAUUCUGUAAUGAGUUGGAGAUUUAUUAUCAUUAUUGUGACAAA